AUGCCGGUGGCUCCGGCUCGGAGCCUCAUCCGGCUGCUCUUCUCCGACUGGUCCCUGCUGGGGUGCCGAGGGCGAUGGAGGCCCCGGAUCGGAGGCUGGUCCCUGCUGUCGUGGCUCGGAGCAGCGUUUCCCGGGAUGCUCACCCAGCGCCGAGGGAAGCGGCGCCAGCGAAUGGGCCCUGGGGCCGAACCACCGCAGCUGAUUGACCGGCCGGGUGUGCAGAGCUUUGCCGCUCUCCCUGUGCCGGUUGCUUUAUUUUCCUCCUUCAUGGGGAAGAUCCUGUGCCACGAGCUCCUCGUGCAGGUGUGCGACCUGCUCAGGCUGAGGGACUGCCACCUCUUCGGCCUCAGCGUCAUCCAGAACAAUGAGCACGUGUACAUGGACCUGUCCCAGAAGCUCUACAAGUACUGCCCCAAGGAGUGGAAGAAGGAGGCCAGCAAGGGCAUCGAUCAGUUCGGGCCGCCGAUGAUCAUCCACUUCCGUGUGCAGUACUACGUGGAGAACGGCCGGCUCAUCAGCGACCGCACGGCGCGCUACUACUACUACUGGCACCUGCGCAAGCAGGUGCUGCACUCGCAGUGCGUGCUGCGCGAGGAGGCUUACUUCCUCCUCACCGCCUUCGCCCUGCAAGCCGACCUGGGCGACUUCAAGCGCAGCAAGCACUACGGCAAGUACUUCGAGCCCGAAGCCUACUUCCCGGCCUGGGUGGUGGCCAAGCGGGGCAGGGAGUACAUCCUGAAGCACGUGCCCAACAUGCACAAGGACCAGUUUGCGCUGACGGCCUCCGAGGCGCACCUCAAGUACAUCAAGGAGGCCGUGCGGCUGGACGACGUCGCCGUGCACUACUACCGGCUCUACAAGGACAAAAGGGAAGUGGAAGCCUCCUUGACGCUGGGGCUCACGACGCGGGGCAUACAGAUCUUCCAGAACCUGGAUGAGGAGAAGCAGCUGCUCUACGACUUCCCCUGGACCAACGUGGGCAAGCUGGUGUUCGUGAGCGGCGCCAAGGACCGCCUGGACGAGGACUCGCAGGACGACGGGCUCAUUGUCAAGGAGAUCAGCUCCUCCACCUCCAGCUCCUCCGAGACGGUGGUGAAGCUGCGUGGGCAGCACACGGACUCGCUGCCGCAGACCGGCUGCCGAAAGCCCAAGACGUCCACGGACCGGCACAGCCUGAGCCUGGACGACAUCCGGCUCUACCAGAAGGACUUCUUGCAGCUCGCCGACCUGUGCCAGGACACGGCGCAGAGCUACACGUUCGGCUGCGGCCACGGGCUGCAGGAGGAGACCCUCUACUGCCACGGCUGCCCGGCCCGCCCGGGCAUCAACAUCCCCUUCAGCGGAGCCGCCGGGAAGGAGCCGCCGGCAGCCAAGCCAAAGAGCCCCAACGUCCCCAUCAAGGCCAGUGCUGAAGGGGAAGCAGGAGCAGAGGUUCCCGCGGGGAGGCGCGACCGCGGCGCACGGAGCCGCUCCUGGUAA